AAUGUCAUUGCCGGAAAUGGCAAUCUUCGCUGCGUACAAAUGUGCUUUUACCAUUCAGUGGUUAAAGCGACGUGUGGAACGAGCAGCCGUAGUUCGCAGAACAUUCUAGAGGUCAACGCCACCGAACAUUUUGGGAUCCAGCGGCUCGCUGAUAUUUUUGCCCCAUUCAAAACCCAUUUUUUUCCCGAUCAUUUUUUUUUAAGCGAGAGAGGCCCCCUCCUCCUUCAUCUUCCCCCCGUCACACAGCACCCGAGAAGCCUGCCUGCUGCCUGCAAUCGAUACAAGAUCAGCGGCAGUCCUCGACAUCGUUCACUGCGCCUCUUGGGUCGAUCAGCGUUGUGUUUAUGUCUUUAUUUUGCGAAAACGAGCUGUUGCGCAGCCGUUGGAACCUGUGUGGUGGAAACCUAGCCUUCAAGCGGGGAGCUUGCGGCCACAGCGGCACGGCAUUUUUCAUGUCAGAGACCGAGCGCGGUUGCAGUCGUUUAUGUCAUCCCCUCUUUUCCAGACAGAAGAUCCCGGAAAGUCCCCAAUCACGAUCCUCUUAUUAUUUCACUGCUGAUAGUAGCGCCCUCCAGCAAACAUGUCUGUCAACGUCAACCGCAGCGUGUCAGACCAGUUCUACCGCUACAAGAUGCCCCGUCUGAUUGCAAAGGUGGAAGGAAAAGGUAAUGGAAUCAAGACGGUCAUUGUCAACAUGGUCGAUGUUGCAAAGGCGCUGAACAGGCCUCCAACAUACCCGACCAAGUUUUUUGGCUGCGAACUGGGCGCUCAGACCCAGUUUGAUACCAAAAACGACCGCUACAUCGUCAACGGCUCGCACGAGGCCAACAAGUUGCAGGACAUGCUGGACGGGUUCAUCAGAAAGUUUGUGCUGUGCGCUGAAUGCGACAACCCGGAAACAGAUCUGAACGUGAAUCCUAAGAAGCAAACCAUCGGCACUUCCUGCAAGGCGUGCGGUUACCGUGGCAUGCUGGACACCAGACACAAACUCUGCACCUUUAUCCUCAAAAACCCGCCCGAGGCUAGCGACAGUGGAUCCGCCACAGCCAAAAAGGAGAAAGAGAAGAAGAACCGCAAGAAGGACAAAGAGAACGGAUCCGGAAGUGGAGAAGCCGGAAACCAGGAGAACUUUGACGCCCCUGACGCGGUGGACGGAGAUGAUGACGAUGACGACUGGGGGGAAGAAACCACCAAGGAGGCUCAAAGGAGGAGAAUGGAGGAGAUCAGCGACCACGCCAAGAAUCUGACGCUCAGCGAGGACCUGGAGAAACCGCUGGAGGAGAGAGUCAACCUCUUCUACAACUUUGUCAAACAAAGGAAGGAGAAAGGCACUGUUGACACUGCUGACAAGGAGAUUCUGGCCGAGGCGGAGCGUCUGGACGUGAAGGCCAUGGGCCCACUCAUCCUCAGCGAGCUCCUCUUUGAUGAAAACAUCCGUGAACAGCUCAAGAAGUACAAGCGACACUUCUUGCGGUUCUGUCACAACAACAAGAAGGCCCAAAAGUACCUACUGGGAGGCUUCGAGUGUGUGGUGAAGUUGCACCAAGUCCAGUUGCUGCAGAGAGUUCCCAUCAUCCUCAAAGACUUUUACGAUGCCGACCUCCUGGAGGAAGAUGUCAUUUUUGCCUGGGCUGAGAAGGUGUCCAAAAAGUACGUCUCAAAGGAGCUGGCCAAGGAGAUCCAUGCCAAGGCGGCUCCCUUCAUCAAGUGGCUGAAGGAGGCUGAAGAGGAGAGCGAGGGCAGCGACCAGGACGACGACCAAGACGACGACGAGAACGUCGAGGUGGUUUAUUCCUCGUCGGCCCGAGAGCUAAAAGUGGAGACUGUGAAAGCUGAGAAGGACGAGGAAGACAUCGAUAUUGACGCCAUCUGAGACAAUAAUCAUCGUGACUACAAUUAGCAUAUUGAUGACGACGCUUUCUUGUUUUGUGGCUUUGACUCCCAGUUUCGAAAAGGCUUAGUAACUCCUCCCACUCAGCACCCUGUAACCACGCCCCCUGCUUCGAGGCAUGUGCACGUAAGCUAGUUGGCUGCACAUCACUCUUUUCUAUUUUGUCACGUUGACGUGCGUCCCGGCCGUGAAAAUGUUCCAAGUGAUGGGACGGUGGCGCUCGUCUGUGGGGAAAGGGGGGGGUUUAAUCAUGCCUGUUUUCCGGGGAUCACUGCAGUGCACUUUUUUGGUCCCUCGUAUUUUUCCAAUCAAUAAAGAAAAUGAAUGUUUUGCUAUCCACAACUGCUGCUUU